AUGGGGGACGGUGAGAAAAAUUGGAAAUCAGUUUCCUCGUUCUGCAGUUCCAUAAUGCUUAAGGAAGCAGCAAAACGAGAGCGAGAACAAAACCCACACUCGCAUCCCGAUUCGUCGUGGAAGCGCACACACUUCAGUAUUGACGAGCUGCACUCAUUGCAUUAUCUGACAAGACGCAAAAGAAUACAGGAAAACGAAAACAUUGAUGUAUAUUUUUUGUACAGAAGUGUGACGGUGGUGACGGUGUGCGCCCUGGUGGCGCUAGUGUCAGCUCAAGUGACAUUCAGUCGCGACUGGUCGGGCGGGAAAAGAUCGCCGCCUGCAGUGUUCGAUUGUGGCCAGUUCGCGCGUCUUUGUCGCCAUUUUCUUCACGAGCUGAAACAAGAAAUGUCAGAUGAUAAGCUAUUGAAACACCGACGUCUAGACCCAGAAGAGAUUGCAGUAACAUAUGAAGACGAUAAAUAAACCAGAAACCCUUUAAUGAAAACAAAAACAAAAAGAUAGUAGCAAUUUCUAUUAUAAAUCAUCUUGUCACUUGUAAAUUGGAUCAACAUUUUAUUUGGAAAGUAUUUUGUCCCUUAACGUAACUUAUUUGAACAUGAAAAAAAUUAUUAUAAAUUGAAAAACUGUAAUAGGUACAUUGAUUUGAAAUAAAAUUAAUUUUGUAGCUAUACGAGAUAGGUAUUAUAUUUAUAGGUGCUUCAUGCUGUAGUCAACAACAUUAAUAAAAUCGUAAAAUGUAAGUAA